AAGCACAAAAUUACUCAAAGAGUUUAAACAAAAGGGAGAUCUGAGAACACAAAAUCAUGGCCGUGGGAUUCAAUCGGACGGUGAUUUUCCUCCUCCUCGUUGCCGCCGCUUUGUGGCGGUGCUCCUCCGCUGCCACUUAUACCGUCGGUGACUCGUUGGGUUGGACUGUCCCACCCAAUCCUACUAUCUACUCCGAUUGGGCUUCUACAAAAACUUUUGUCGUCGGAGAUAUUCUUGUUUUCAACUUUGCAAGCGGACGACAUGACGUAACAGAAGUGACAAAAAGUGCUUCCGAUUCUUGCAAUGGCAGCAAUCCCAUCUCCGUUGAGAACAACAGUCCGGCGAGGAUCACACUCACUUCCGCCGGCGACCACCACUUCAUCUGCUCCUUCCCCGGCCAUUGCAGCAAUGGCCAAAAGUUGUCCAUCACCGUGAGACCAGCAACAUCUUCUCCGGCACCGCAGCCUAGUUCUCCGUCACCCUCCGCCGUCCCUGUUCCCGCUUCCGUCCCCACUCCCUCUCUCGCUCCCGAACCAUCCUCUUCCGGUCGGUCACCUUCUCCGUCACCUAGUUCCUCUCCGUCGUCACCUGUCCCGUCGCCUGCUCCGUCUCGAGAACCCAUGACGUACGUCGUCGGAGACUCGUUCGGAUGGAAUAUCCCUACCAGUCCCACCUUCUACGACUCGUGGGCUCAGGGCAAAACCUUCGUCGUCGGAGAUGUUCUCGAAUUCAACUUCGUGAUUCAAAGACACAACGUGGCGAAGGUAACGAAGGACAAUUUCACCAGCUGCAACGGCGAAUCGCCGAUCUCUGUUUCCCCCAACCCGCCGGUCAGAAUCAUUCUCUCCGAACCCGGCGAACAUUUCUUCAUCUGCGCAUUCUCCGGCCACUGCAGCCUCGGUCAGAAGCUCGCCGUCAACGUCACCGCCGGCGCCACCACACCUCCGUCCUCAAUCGCCUCGCCUCCAUCUGACAUCAUCCCUUCAACUCCGUCUCCUACCACCGCUCCUCCACCUCCCAACGCUGCCACAUCGCUGCGAGCCUCUGCCUUCUCCGCCACUCUUCUCGCCGUUGCCGUCGCUCUGGUGUAUUAGCCGCCUUAAAUAAUCGAUUCGGGUCCGACAUUUUCGCAGAGAUUUUUUCUUUUAGGAUUUCUUCGUCUCCGUAAUUGAUGGUAUAGUUAUAUUUUUAAGAAAAUAAUAUAUAAUUAUAGAGCUUUUAUUUAUUUUGUAUUGGUUGAUGUACACAGAUUUAAAUUUUUUAUAUUACAGUGUGAAUUCAUA